UCUCUCGGACAAAAUGACUCCGUCGCACUUUUUAAAGCUGCAAUUUUUAUUACUCGCCUCCUUGUUAAUUGCAACACUGUUUGAAAGUGCAUCGUGCUGCGGUCGGAGACGUCACUCCCACAGACGUCGUCAUCAUUAUUACCAUCAUUACGGAACAACCACAGAACGUUACUACGGCAAAAGGAGCGUUGACGAUAAUGAAUUUAAUGAGAUAGGAUAUGAUCUUUAUGAAUCUUCAAAUACCAACUGCGGCAAAAGAUUAUGCCCAAAAAUGAUAAACUAUCCAAUGGACGAAAUAAUCGAUGCAGUCGAUAGGCUACAAUCGUAUUUGCGAUCUGGCGGUAAUUAUUUCAUUGAUCAAGGCAUAAGUCACGAUCACUUCGUUACCUCGGAGCGUAGCAAAACACUUUCCAGACGACCUCGUGAUCAUUGGUACUUUUCUGAUCUUUCUUCGGGCUGCAAACAACACGCUCACGUUAAUUUUCCACGCGUAGGAAAUCCUAUAGUCGAUCAUCAAAACUAUUACGUGGUCAAUGUUCCCAAUCUCCGACAAAGUUUCAUCGAAUACAACUGCGUCAAUGUUGAUCAAGCUUGUCCGAAAGACAGGGCUGUCGGAGCUUCAGACUCUAUCAGAUUGUGUCAACAAAAGUAUGGCAUGAAGAAAUUCGUUGUGCUACCGAUGAAUAAACGUCACUUCGAUGUUGAGGAUUUCCAAGUUAGAGAAUUUUACGUGCCAGACUCGUGUACGUGCUUCCCAUCCACGUAUCAAAGAGAAUGAAAAUAGGAUUAUAUAGACUGUGAUCAACAAAUUCAAAAUUAUCCAUAUGUGAAAAAAUCUUUUAACAAUAUCUUCGAGUAGUCGUAAAAUUAUGUUGAAUGUUUUAUUUAUUUGUGAGUUCGUUUGAAUAAACAUAUCGAUGUACUUUUUCUUACAAAUAUAU